UCCUGCCCCAACUUCGGGGUAUUUGAACUCGUCCACUGAGCAGUGGGUGGCUUUCCCCUCACACACAACCCACCUAGGCAUGACCAACCAAAGAGCAUCCCACCCAGGGACCACCUUUUUUUCCCUGGGAUUCCGCGCUUCCGCCUCCGGGGCGGAGACUCCUCCCCUCGCAGUCCCAGUUGUGUUCCCUGGAAGAGCCGCCAGGACCGGCCAAGAAGCCGGGUCCCCUUAGCAUUCCAGGAAUUCGUUCAACCCUGGAGGCCGGGAGUCCUACCCGGGAAAAGGCUGAGAUUUCAGCACCACGGACAGUGCCCCGCCCGCUGUCCUAGUGUCGGCGAGGCCGCGCGCUAUGGUGGUGGCAUGGCCCCGUGCUCCAGCUCUAUGGCGCUGCUCCUCAUCUUCGGCCUUCUCUGGCUGUGUUCAGGGGUUUUGGGCACUGACACAGAGGAGCGCCUAGUGGAACAUCUCCUGGAUCCCUCCCGCUACAACAAGCUGAUCCGUCCAGCCACCAAUGGCUCUGAGCUGGUCACUGUGCAGCUCAUGGUAUCACUGGCUCAGCUCAUCAGUGUGCAUGAGCGGGAGCAGAUCAUGACCACCAAUGUCUGGCUGACCCAGGAGUGGGAAGAUUAUCGCCUCACCUGGAAGCCUGAGGACUUUGACAACAUGAAGAAAGUCAGGCUCCCUUCCAAACACAUCUGGCUCCCAGAUGUGGUCCUAUACAACAAUGCUGACGGCAUGUAUGAGGUAUCCUUCUACUCCAAUGCGGUGGUCUCCUAUGACGGCAGCAUCUUUUGGCUACCGCCUGCCAUCUACAAGAGUGCAUGCAAGAUUGAGGUGAAGCACUUCCCGUUUGACCAGCAGAAUUGCACCAUGAAGUUCCGCUCAUGGACCUACGACCGCACGGAGAUCGACCUGGUUCUCAAAAGCGAUGUGGCCAGCCUGGACGACUUCACACCCAGCGGGGAGUGGGACAUCAUCGCGUUGCCAGGCCGGCGCAAUGAGAACCCAGAUGACUCUACCUACGUGGACAUCACCUAUGACUUCAUCAUUCGCCGCAAGCCGCUCUUCUACACCAUCAACCUCAUCAUCCCCUGCGUUCUCAUCACCUCGCUGGCCAUCCUGGUCUUCUACCUGCCCUCGGACUGUGGUGAGAAGAUGACACUUUGCAUCUCCGUGCUGCUGGCGCUCACGGUAUUCCUGCUGCUCAUCUCCAAGAUUGUACCUCCCACCUCCCUUGACGUACCGCUGGUGGGAAAGUACCUCAUGUUCACCAUGGUGCUAGUCACCUUCUCCAUCGUCACUAGUGUGUGUGUGCUCAACGUGCAUCACCGUUCGCCCACCACGCACACCAUGGCUCCCUGGGUCAAGGUGGUCUUCUUGGAGAAGCUGCCCACCCUGCUCUUCCUGCAGCAGCCACGCCACCGCUGUGCGCGUCAGCGCCUGCGCAUGCGGAGGCGCCAGCAGGAGCGCGAAGGGGCAGGUGCGCUCUUCUUCCGUGAGGGCCCUGCAACUGAUCCAUGCACCUGCUUUGUCAACCCUGCAUCAGUGAAGGGCUUGGCUGGGGCUUUCAGGGCUGAGCCCGCAUCUGCAACUGGCCCAGGGCACUCAGUGGGGCCUUGCAGCUGUGGCCUCCGGGAAGCAGUGGAUGGCGUGCGCUUCAUUGCAGACCACAUGCGAAGCGAGGAUGAUGACCAGAGCGUGAGGGAGGACUGGAAAUAUGUUGCCAUGGUGAUCGACCGCCUGUUCCUCUGGAUUUUUGUCUUUGUCUGUGUCUUUGGCACCAUCGGCAUGUUCCUGCAACCUCUCUUCCAGAACUACACCGCCACUACCUUCCUCCACUCUGACCACUCAGCUCCCAGCUCCAAGCAGAAGUGGCUGUUGAGCCUCACUCACAUUGGCCAGCUUCUCAUUCCCCGAGCCCAACUGGACAGAACAUUGUCACGUGUAGUCAUUAUUCCAUCGCGUCUGACAAGUCUGUCAGUGUGCUGGUCACGUGCUUCCCAGAGGACUGAAACUUUGGAACUGGUAGGACACCCCGCCACCCACCUUCAGCACACUCGUCUUUAUGUGUCCUUCCUUGUCUCCACUCCUGGACUAUUUGCCGUGGUCCACAUCCCACCCCCCCAAACCUACCACCCCACCCCCAACCCUGUAGCUGAACUCGUAGCUCUUAAACAUGUUUCCAAAUAUGUCUUGUUACUUCGUUUUGUUUGGGGAAGGGGGCUUCCAGACAAGGUUGACACAAUCAUAAGGGCAGAAUGCCAGAGAACCCCACUCAAGCAAGGGAGGGUAAGGCAUGCACAAGCCGGAACAAAAGGUGAGGGGCAGCAGUCAGUGUCACCUGCUCCCCCCUAUUGGAGGCUGGGCCCAGGACGGACCUUUGGGGAGGACUCUCUGUAAGGAACCAGCAGGGGCAAGGUGGGCUGGGGCGUCCUCUCCAGCCCGUGUGGCUUCAGUCAGCUGCCAGGCUUAUCUGUGCCCAGAUCCUGGGAUCAGAGUGAAACUGGGUGAGCCUCUCGCGGUCUUCACCUUCCGCUUUAAGAAAACUGUCUACUAUCUUCAAAUUUGGGAGCCACUUGUGCAUGCCAAGCAGUACUCUACCCUGAGCAACACUUAUAGCCCACAAUGCUGGCUGCAUCAGAGACUGGAAUACUCCGUUUCCCUGCAUGUGGGCCAGUGACUGCCUGAGGACAGGGGCAUCGGGGACGCCAGGACAGCAGAGCUGUCACCUUGAGCUGCCUUUGAAACUGCUCAGUUCUGAGCACUGCACCUGAACAGGUGGUGAACGACACCACAUAAGGCCCUGGCCUUAAGUGCCGUGACCCGAAACAUGUCACUGGGCCUUCUGACCUCAAUCGUGCUGUCUGUGUUUCACUCAGCGUCCUCAGGUACGGUAUUACUGUUGAAAGGCCAAAGGCCAGUCCUCCGGGGAUUCUGGAGGAAGUUACUAUGCAGGAAGAGCUGAGCUCCCUUUAAGUUUAAGAGGGAGACUUCGGAUACCAGUCACAGAUUUAAAAGAUGCAACUAACCCAUCCCAAUUUCCAGCUGCAACUCCCUUCCCAACAGCGCAUACAGGUGCAGUCAGGGCUGACACAGCGCACACAGGUGCAGUCAGUCAGGGCUGACACAGCGCACACAGGUGCAGUCAGUCAGGGCUGACACAGCGCACACAGGUGCAGUCAGUCAGGGCUGACACAGCGCACACAGGUGCAGUCAGUCAGGGCUGACACAGCGCACACAGGUGCAGUCAGGGCUGACACAGCGCACACAGGUGCAGUCAGUCAGGGCUGACACAGCGCACACAGGUGCAGUCAGGGCUGACACAGCGCACACAGGUGCAGUCAGGGCUGACACAGCGCACACAGGUGCAGUCAGUCAGGGCUGACACAGCGCACACAGGUGCAGUCAGUCAGGGCUGACACAGCGCACACAGGUGCAGUCAGUCAGGGCUGACACAGGUGCAGUCAGUCAGGGCUGACACAGCACACACAGGUGCAGUCAGUCAGGGCUGACACAGCGCACACAGGUGCAGUCAGUCAGGGCUGACACAGCGCACACAGGUGCAGUCAGGGCUGACACAGCGCACACAGGUGCAGUCAGUCAGGGCUGACACAGCGCACACAGGUGCAGUCAGGGCUGACACAGCACACACAGGUGCAGUCAGGGCUGACACAGUGCACACAGGUGCAGUCAGUCAGGGCUGACACAGAGCACACAGGUGCAGUCAGGUCUGACAUAGCGCACACAGGUGCAGUCAGUCAGGGCUGAUUGCGUGGGAGGAAAACAUGGGCGAAGCCGGCAGGAGCAGCGGUUAGUGUCUCCUGUGCCGUUUCUUCAUUUGGGGCUUUGGAAUCUGACAUAACCCCUGUGAGCAGGAAAGGAGAAGGGGGCUCAGAUGCCGAGGGGCGGUGUGAAGCAGCUAAGAGCCGGGGACUUGCGUGGCUGGGGCACCCAGCUCAUCACCUACCCACUCAGGCUGUCGGAGCAGCGGGGGCCUCGAAGCAGCUGUGGCUGCCGUGAGAGAUUUAAUGUCACAGGUCUCUGUCCCCAGUCUCACCUCCUCCAAGCAACUAAGACACGACACUUUCUAACA